AGCGCUCGUCGUCUUAAAAGCUCAACGUCAUCUACAGUCAUCUCUAUCCGAUCAUCGACCAACUCAGCUAAACUCACAGAGCAUGUCCUAUUAUUCUGGCUAUAGGGACGCACCUCCUGGUGGUGGUGGCUACGCGCCUCCUCCUGGUGCACCCCCUGCCUACGGCGGAGGCGGUUACGGAGCUCCAGGUGGUGGACCUGGUGGUUUCCCAGGCGGUGCACCCGGUGGCUUCUCAGCCGGACGUCCUAGUGGACCACCGCCUGGCGCCGACCCUCAGCUCUGGCAAUGGUUCACGUCCGUCGAUGCUGAUAAUAGUGGUGCGAUAACUGCUUCUGAGCUUCAGCAGUGUUUGAUCAAUGGCGAUUGGUCGCCCUUCGAUCUCGAUACUGUCAAGUUGUUGAUGACUAUCUUCGAUACCGAUCGAAGUGGCACGAUUGGAUUCAAUGAAUUUGCUGGCCUCUGGAAGUACAUCAAGGACUGGCAGGGUGUCUUCCGUCACUUCGACAGGGAUCGUUCAGGAUCCAUCGAUGGCCAGGAACUCGACAACGCCUUGAGACAAUUCGGGUAUAACUUGUCACCGCAACUUAUGCAUCUACUCCUGGCAAAAUACGAUGUUGUAGCUACCGAGCCAACAAACCGUCGUGGCCCAGGUCCGCCUCCUGGAAUUACGUUUGACCGCUUCGUCCGCGCUUGCGUCGUGAUCAAGCAGCUCACUGAGUCCUUCCAACGCCUCGACACUCAGCGUAGCGGAUGGGUCCAGAUGAAUUACGACACGUUCAUGCAUACGGUUUUGUCUGCGCCUUAAUCGGCCAUCGUAUCAUGAGCUUCUACAAUGAAUGUUCCGUAAGAAAAACGUGUUUCCAGCCAGAGUUUUCUGUUUCACCAAAUUUGCUGUAAAGUAUCUAAAGGUUGUGUCCUCAACAUGUUCAUCUUCCUCUUAACUUUUUCAUUAAAUCUACAUCGAAAAACCACAAGCUUAUUCAAUACUCUUUUUCUUGUCGAUAUUCAACUCGUGUAUCUGCUUGAUUGCAGUCAAUUUCUUCUCAAUUUCAGAUCACCACAGCUCUGACUGUGCAUUAAAACUU